UUACACUCUAAAACCCUUCAUUUCUCCCUUACAUUUUGCCUAAUUCUUCUCUUUACUCACUACCCAUCAGUUUUUGACUUCAGAUUCUUCAACAAAACCCCCAAAUCCAAAUCAAUUUUGUCUUUGAACUUCUGGGUUCUUCUAAUUCUUCUUCAUUUCCUUUCCCUUCUCUUCAAUGGAGAAGAAACCCAGCUUCUUCUCUGUUUUGAAAGAGGAGGUUAUUCGUGGGUUGUCGCCGUCGCGUUCUCGCGCCAAAAGUCCGGCGAGAACUGCCUCGCCCUUCUCGAUUCUGUUGCGUCGAAAGAAGACCCAGUACGCGAAUCAUGGCGGGAUUCCGCAGCAGUUCAUUGGACGAUCCGGAAGUUUUCGGCCGGUGGGUGAGGCUCUUACGCCGCUCGUUGAGGGUCCCGAUCCGGACGACGGCGAAAUCGGUGAUUCGAAGAGGAUCAGUUCGGGAUUAGGGCAGUGGAUGAAAGGGCAACUCUCUCGAACUCCCUCUAUUGCUUCUUCCAUGGCUAAUAAGAGGUCUGAUUUGAGGCUUUUGCUUGGCGUUAUGGGUGCUCCUCUUGCUCCUGUUCAUGUUAGCACCUCCGAUCCUCUGCCACACCUGAGUAUAAAAGAUACCCCCAUUGAAACUUCAUCAGCUCAGUACAUAUUGCAGCAAUACACAGCAGCAUCUGGUGGGCAGAAGCUUCAAAACUCAAUUAGAAAUGCAUAUGCAAUGGGGAAGCUUAGGAUGGUAGCUGCUGAGUUUGAAACUGCAACGAAGGUGAUGAAGAGCAGAAAUCCCUCGACCCGAGCCGAGUCGGGUGGCUUUGUGCUCUGGCAGAUGAAUCCAGACAUGUGGUAUGUUGAGCUUGCAGUUGGAGGCAGCAAAGUUCAUGCUGGGUGCAAUGGAAAACUUGUUUGGAGGCACACGCCCUGGCUCGGUGCUCACACUGCGAAAGGGCCGAUUCGACCUUUGCGCCGUGCACUUCAGGGUCUUGAUCCUAGAACAAUAGCCAGGAUGUUUGCUGAUGCAAGAUGCAUUGGAGAAAAGAAAAUAAAUGGUGAGGAUUGCUUCAUCCUUAAGCUUUGUGCUGACCCUCAAACACUGAAGUCGAGAAGCGAAGGACCGGCCGAGAUCAUUCGACAUGUCUUGUUCGGCUACUUCAGUCAGAAAACAGGAUUGCUGGUGUACAUGGAAGAUUCACAUCUUUCUCGCAUUCAAUCCAACGGCGGUGAUGCAGUUUACUGGGAAACCUCAAUCAAUUCGUUCCUCGACGAUUACAGACCCGUUGAAGGUAUCAUGAUCGCACACUCUGGUCGUUCUGUGGUCACCCUUUUCAGGUUCGGCGAGAUGGCCAUGAGUCAUACCAAAACAAGGAUGGAAGAAGCCUGGACAAUCGAAGAGGUUGCGUUCAACGUCCCCGGCCUAUCAAUGGACUGUUUCAUUCCCCCAGCUGACUUGAGACCAUGUUCUAUCAGUGAAGCCUGUGAGGUUCUUCAAGACGAAGGACGAAAAGUGCAAUAGCGCUAGCAGCAUACCGAGCGAAAGUAGCUGCACUGGAAAAGCCCGACGUCGACAACAACGAGUGUAUGAAUAACAUGACAUGGAAGCCAGAUUUCUAACUAGAGCAGCAGUUGUUUAUACUGAAAGGUGAUUUGAUAUCUUAAUUAUAGGAAGCAUAUAGAGUUAGGGAGUGUUAUAGAUAAUUUACAAGUGUUAUGCAAUGCCUCUGUUAAUCUGUACAUAGAGAUAAAUAUUCUCAAGCUUCAAACAAGCUUGAAUGAAUCUUUAUACUCACUAGCAGAAUCCAACGACGGAGUUGGAGCUCGGGUUUCCAGUUAGGGAUGGAGCGAAUGGAGGUCCAUUUUUUUUCGGUUCA